AGUGUAAGCUCCUUGAAAACAGAGGUUGCAUCCGGUUGCUUCUUCUAUCUCUGGCUCCCAGCACUGCCUUGCACAAGUGUCUGAAGACCCAUCCAGCACUCCGAUGGCCAGCAACAACACCGCCAGCAUAGCCCAAGCCAGGAAGCUGGUAGAGCAGCUUAAGAUGGAAGCCAACAUUGAUAGGAUAAAGGUCUCCAAGGCAGCUGCAGACUUGAUGGCCUACUGUGAAGCGCAUGCCAAGGAGGAUCCCCUCCUGACCCCCGUUCCAGCUUCAGAAAACCCAUUUAGGGAGAAGAAGUUUUUCUGUGCCAUCCUUUAAGUCUUCAAGAGCAGCCUGAAGAGCCUCAGGGCUCCUGGGACAUUGAUGUAGAGUUUUUAGCAAAGUGGGCACCUUUCUAGUCCACAGCAUUUGAAGAGAAGGAGAAACAUCUUGGGAACUCCAGGCUAUGCAUGUUUAAAGAGCUGGCCCCCUUUAUGAGAAUGAAAACUGAUCCACAUCCUGAGUUAAGAGAUCUGAUUUGCAGAACUGC